GCUGGAGUCCUUCUCUGCCUUGCUGGUUUCUUCAGCUCAGCCGUCGGCUCCAUCUCCCAGGAAGAAAGGACCCAUCCCCGAGUGAAGAAAGGGAAUCCCCAGAAUAGAUCCGCUACCUGAGUCCUCGGCUGGAAGAAGGGGAAACUCCCCUUCUUUGGAGGCAGGACACUGAAAUUCUGCCAGGGAGACACCCAACGAAGGACGUGGGGAAAGUCUGACCUGAAGACCUGUGGGUGAAUCCCCCGAACUGCAAGAAGAUAGCGAUUUGUGCUGACCCCGCAUGAAGCCUGCUAAGUGUCGGGGGACUGGCUGUAGUAAACAGGCUGCGGCUCGGACUGAGCAUUGACUUGCUGUAGGGAAGAGAGCUGCCUUCUUGCACUCCACUCGAGGCUGCAAGUCCCGUCCUCCUCUGAUCGCCAUCCCUCCUUCCUCCAGCUUCAGCCUUGCCUCUUCUUCUCCAGGAUGCCAGGGCUGCGGUAUUUCUGGAUGAGUUUCCUCUGCCAUCUGUGCCAUGGCUAUUUCGAUGGCCCCCUCUACCCAGAGAUGUCCAACGGGACCCUGCAUCACUACUUUGUGCCCGAUGGGGACUAUGAAGAGAACGACGACCCGGAGAAGUGUCAGCUGCUCUUCCGAGUGAGUGACCACCGGCGCUGCCCCCAAGGAGAGGCAGGCCAGACCAGCAGUUUGUUGAGCCUCACCCUGAGGGAGGAGUUCACAGUGCUGGGACGACAGGUAGAAGAUGCUGGCAGGGUCCUGGAGGGCAUCAGCAAGAGCAUCUCCUACGACCUGGAUGGAGAGGAAAGCUACGGAAAGUACCUGCGCCGGGAAUCCAAUCAGAUCGGUGAUGCUUACUCCAACUCUGACAAGUCACUCACUGAACUGGAGAGCAAGUUUAAACAGGGCCGGGAUCAGGAGGGCAGGCAAGAGAGCAGGCUUAACGAUGACUUUUUGGGGAUGCUCAUUCACACCAGAUCCCUCCUUAAGGAAACCUUGGAUGUUUCCGCAGGGCUGAGGGAUAAAUACGAGCUGCUGUCCCUGACCAUCCGAAGCCACGGGACCCGGUUAGGAAGGCUCAAAAAUGACUAUCUCAAAGUGUAGAUGGGGCUUUCAUCAACACAGACUGGAGGUUAAAGAGGCUGUCAGCACCCUGUUGGGGACAUAACUUCUCUCCCAACUUUUUCCCUCCCAGAUUGAUACUUUGGAUUUCCCUUUGAAAAGUAAGUCUGGGGUAUUAUUAAAAAAAAGAAAGAAACAAAGGAAAGAAACAAAGAAAUACAGAAAGAGAGUUGCAGCUGUAUCACUCUGUAUGUAAUUUGUGGUGGUGGUGCUUUGGGAUUGUGUCUGAUCAUGUCCUCCUACCAGAUCAAAAUAAUGUCCAAUCCAUUCGCUUGUUUCAGAAAUCAUCAGGAAACCGAGAAUUCAGCAGACUUCUCCCCAGAUUCUUCACUCAUGAUCCUUCCUCUGGUUGGGAGAGGAGAUAAAACCUCAGCUUGCCCUAAAUCACUUGGUCUAGCUUUGAUCCACAUUUUCAUUUAGCAACCAGCCAACCAAAUUUCCAGGUUCCUUCUUCACCACCUCCUUUUCUCUCUUAUUUAUUAGCUGCCGUUUCUGACUAUCAUUUUAGGGAAGGCGUCAGCAAUGUAUUAUACUCCCCUUACAAGGAGUGGGGAAAUUUCUUCCCUGUGUUCUUAGCGUGCUCAAAAUUAAAAAGACUGUGCGGCAUGUAUCCCAGCUGUUGUGCUUACCAAUCUAGUAACCUGAUGAGUCUCUUGUCGUCCCUCUGUUCCCAAGCUGGAUUGUCUCAGUUUAAGUUUCUUGUCUUCAAAAGCAAUGGCCAAGACCUUAGUGACUUAAAAAGAAUGAGAAGCUUUGCAUACAUUUUUUAAAUGUACAAAGAUGUACCAAAAAAAAAAUCAGUCUCAUUUUGCCACAGGGUUUGGAAUAUCUUCUUUUUAAGUCUUGGCAUUCUGAGAACUAAUAAUUUUUUAGCUGUCUUAAGUUUAUUAUUCAGAUACUAAAUGUAUUCUCAUGUUAUAUAUCCUUUAUUUUAUAAUUUAAGGCUGUGAUUGUCGCUUGUGUUUCAGAGUUGGCAGAAGAAGGAUGUAAGCCAAAUUUCUUAGACUAAGUGAUAAAGCAGGGAGAAAGAUUUCUCACGUUGUUUCUUCUACAUUCACCAGCUCCUGUUACUUUAAAAAUGCCAACAACCUCCUAGCCUGUGCUGGGAUCCUCAUGUGUAAACUUCACAAUUUUACUCACUGAGCUGAACUACUUAACUUAGAAGUUAUCUUGUGUGGACAGACAGGAAAAGUACACAGUUCACCAGAGAGCUCCAGCAGCCUCACUGAGGAGUUGAGUGAUUUCCAGGGCUGUUGGAUUCCAAGAAUUGCAGGCAGGGCCAGUAAAGACAGUGCUAACCCUUUAUAUGUCAUUUCAAUAAAUAUUUAAAGAAGUGGAAA